UGGCCAUCAAAAUGAGUAGCAGCUGUGAAGUGACGCACGUGAAGGAAAUCACACUGAAGACACCCAAGUGAGAGACCCGCACGUGUGAAGCUGUCAAAACAAAACUCAAAGACAAGGAAACAAAACAUAGCGACCGGUAUUACUGUCCGUGAUCAGAUUGAACUAAAGGAAAUCAUUCAACAUGCUUACAACAACUAUCGAGAGACCAGUAGAUGGUUUCGUGGUGUCAUAGAUCCUACAACACUUUAUCGUGCACGGACAGAAUAUCAGAGCGAGUUUAAGAGGCACUGGAAAGAACAAAGAACCGGUUCACUUCAGUGGGAUAUGAUUAAUAUAGUGGAGAAAGGAAGGAGAAUUCUGCAGAAACAUUUGGAGAUUUUUGUUGCCCAAGGUCUGUGUCCUAAUAAAUGUGGACUGUUCUAUCAGAAAGUAAUGAAUUGCUCUUCCUGUCAGUAUGGACUUUAUACAUGUCUAUCAGCUACACCACCAUUAGACUGUGGAGAACAUCAUCUAGUGGCAGAAGAAGGAGAGGGGGUGGUGCUGGACUGUUUUCUGUCUUGGCCCACUUUGGUAGUUGGACAGAUGGAGUAUCAUUACUCCUGGCUCCCAGCAAAUAAUCUGUCGCAUGAUGGGGAGUAUGAAGAGCUGGUUGUGACAGAAGACUCUAAAAUAGUACUGAAUCAACUGAGAGUCAGUGAGCAAGGCCUGUACCGCUGCCUCUUACAGGACCAGAAGGGUACUACCCUGUCUCGCAUUUACUUCAAUCUGACAGUCGACCCAUUGCCAACUACAGCCCCUAGACUGAUUGUGACAUUGCCUCCUUUGCCUUUGGAUUAUGAAUCCACCCCUCCUUCCCUACACAGGAACGCUUUCCUUAUUAUGGUUAUUUUACUGACGGUACUCAGCAUCACUGGCAGCCUGGUCAUCAUAAUUUACUUUGGAGUGACCAUGAAGCGACAGAAGGAGAGAGACAGCAGCAGGAGAGGAGAGAGGGAAGAUGCUGAAAACAUUGAGCUGACUGUCACACACUGAGGAUGUGAUCCAAAGAGGCGCAUACAUGAAUCAUUACACUUUA